CACCGUUUAUGGUGAAGAAAGGCCCAGAAAUAUGUACAACUGGCACAUCCACCCCAAACCCCUCAAAUACUUCCUCUUGCCCAACCCAGAACUCCCCCAACUCCAUUUCAAAACAGGAAGACCGGAGCAACAUUACCUCUUUCCAAACGCCCUCCCACCACAUCUCCAGGAACCGGAACAGGAACCUCCCCAAAACCAAGCAGAUUACGAGCCCUAUGAGCAACUCCAUAUCCAUCCAACCAUGAACCAGGACUUCCCAGAACAGAGCCAAAACCCUCCACCACCCGACAUCUUUCAACAACUUCUGGAGGGUCAACAACAACUGCUUACGGGAAUAGCCCAAAUGGACAACCGGCUCAACCGAUUAGAGGAGGAGCAAAGAGCCGGUUUUCAACGAUUGGAGGAUGAGCAAAGAGCCGGCUUUCAACGUUUGGAGGAGCUCCGGGAGGCCGAUAGACAUCGGUAUGAGGAAGACCAACAUAGGUUCUACGGACCUAUGUACUCUUAUAUGGCACAACAGGGAUGAUUCCAUACCAUGGCGAACCCCCCUCCACCACCCUCAUGGUAUGACCCCACUCAUUGGGGUAACUUUGGAGGAUCAGGCUCCGGGGGUGGAGGGUACGACGGAGGAGAUGGCGGGGACACUUACAUGGGAGAUGGUGGCCAAGGGAGCGGCUUUGGAGGGAGCUACUACGGAGGAGAAGGCGGGCACUAGGGACAGUGCUUGAUUCAAGUGCGGGGGAGACACUCAUGAUGGCACUCAUUGUAUCCUUAUGAAAAGAAUAAGAAGAUUCAAGAUAAAGAAGAAGAGAGGAGGAGAAAAGAAGACAACACUAGGAGGCCAUUAAACCUAAGAUGCUCUUUUGUAAUUUGAGUUUAAAACUCAUUUUUCUUUGUCAUCCUUGGUGG